AGUCUAGGUCACGCUGUGUACCGGACCACAUGUGUUCAUAGAUAUGAUUUCUCUAGUUUUGCUCUCUUUGUUGGGGUCCGGUCUGACCUACAGCGUGCCUCCCCGCGCCGAAUCUGCGACGCAACUACCAGACAGAGCCUAUAUCCUGCCAUGGACUACUUACCCGACUUUUUACGACGUUCGACUGUUCCUAGAUCCUGGAAACAAGGAAUAUUUCACAGGAGAUGUCUCUAUUCGGUUGUUCUCUCAUAUAGAUACGGACACUAUAGUCUUGCACGCAAUGGCAAUGAAUAUAACUAAGAUCGGUCUGUUCGAUGACGUGAAUGUAGAUGUUAAUAUCACCGAUAGUUUUAACCUUGCAACCGAUGACACGCAUUUUCUAACAGUCACAUCGAAGGUUCCAUUGAUAAGAAUGCGACCAUAUAAUUUGAAGAUAGAGUACAGAGGGACGUAUGCGACUAACAUGUUUGGAAUAUACGUGUCGACUUAUGAACGCCCUGGUGGUGGGACAGUGGAUCUAAUAACAUCCCAGCUGCAACCGACGUUUGCCCGCCGCGCGUUCCCGUGCUACGACGAGCCUCGGUACAAGGCAGUGUUCCGUACCACCAUCUACGCGCCCCCGGCUUACACUACUGUAAGGACCAACAUGCCUCAAAAAACAACUGAUCUGAUCAAACCUGAAGUAGAAGGUUUCAAGAAAUACGAGUUUGAAGACACCCUAAAACAGUCCACCUACCUCCUGGCCUAUCUGGUGUCAGACUUCGACUUCGUUUCCAACGAGGUUGCAGGCGUGCCAACCGGCAUCUUCCCUAAGCCUUUCAGGGUGUACUCUAGGCCAGGCACGCAGAGCACUGCAGAAUUUGCGCUAGACUAUGGACCGAAAAAUGUGAUAGCUUUGCAAAAUUACACCAAAUUAGAUUAUGCUCUACCUAAGUUUGACAAAGCGGCCGUGCCUGAUUUUGCUGCUGGCGCCAUGGAGAAUUGGGGACUUGUUAUUUACAGAGAGGUAGCACUUCUAGUACAAGAUGGCGUCACCACGACGGCAACAAAACAGAACGUCGCACGUAUCAUCUGCCAUGAGAACCUCCACAUGUGGUUCGGUAAUGAAGUGAGCCCCGUAUCUUGGACUUACACCUGGCUGAACGAGGGGUUCGCGAACUUCUUCGAAAACUACGGUACGGACAUGGUGCUCCCAUGGCGUAUGAUGGACCAGUAUGUCCUGCUUAUGCAAAAUGUGAUGCAGAGCGAUGCUAUCAGGACCAUUAACCCCAUGACCCAUCCAGUCUUCACCCCCUCUCAAAUCAUCAGCACCUUUAAUGCGGUUGCUUACCAAAAAUCCGGCUCUGUCAUCCGCAUGAUGCAGCACUUCCUCACGCCUGAUGUGUUCCAGCAAGGUCUUGUCUACUACUUGGCGAAUAACACUCGGAGAGCCGUGACUCCGGAUGAGCUGUACGUCCACCUACAGGCGGCCCUGGACGAAUCAGACCACACUAUACCAAGACCUGUUGAGGAAGUCAUGGAGAAUUGGACAAGGCAGGGCGGCUUCCCUGUCAUCACCGUCAGGAGGUUGGCUCCAACUGCCCAAUCUAUCUCUAUUUCUCAGGAACGUUACCUGACCAACCCUAGAGAAGUGUCACGUACCACCUGGCAUGUGCCGGUCAACUGGGUCCUGUCCACGAACCCCGACUUCUCUGACACGAAGCCUCAAGUGUGGCUGCAGCCCACUGGGCCAGCUCUCGCCGUCGACAUCCCUGGCCUCUCAGACGCUGAAUGGUUCAUCGUUAAUAAGCAACAAGCUAGCUAUUACAGAGUGAACUACGAUGACGGGAACUGGCGUGCGCUGGCCCGCGUCCUGUCCACAUCUCACGACACCAUCCAUUUGCUGAACCGUGCUCAGAUUGUUGACGACGUGUUCAACAUGGCCAGAAAUGGCAGAACAAGCUACUCCAAUGCCUUCGAAGUGUCCCGCUAUUUGGUCAACGAGACGGACUACAUCGCGUGGGGUUCCGCCAACAGCGCUUUCAACUACCUCGACGUAGUGCUGAGUGGCUCCCCGGCAUAUGAAGUAUUCCAGGCGUACGUCCUUCACCUAACCGGUCCAUCGUACAAUAGACUAGGCUUCGUCGCUGAUCCAGCCGGCGAAGAGCACGUCACAGCUGCCCACAGGAACGUCAUUCUUAACCUUAACUGUCGUCUCGGCAACCAGCAUUGUGUGAACGAAUCUCAGACACUUUUGGCACAGUUUAGGAAUAAUCCGAGUCAGCGUCUGAAUCCGGACAUUCAGAUGACGGUGUUCUGCUCGGGCCUGCGUGGAGGUAGUGCGGAGAACUUUGACUUCCUGUGGAAUAGAUAUCUCGCCAGCCAGGACUCCAGUGAGCAGGCCAUAUUGUUGAAUUCACUCGGAUGUACUUCUAAUGAAACUUUGCGUAGCUUCUACCUCAACCAAGUGAUAGAUGACAACUCGGCAGUGCGAGAGCAGGACAGACAUACUAUCCUCGUCUCUACCAUCAACGCUAGCCCGGCCAACAUGGAGGCGGCUCUACAUUUCGUUGUCGAAAAUUUCGCUGCUAUACAAACAAGAGUACAAGGCCUUACGGGUACCACAAAUAUACUUAACGCUUUCGCCAGAAGAUUAUCUACAAAUUCCCAUCGAAAUCAAAUCAGCGAAUUCACACGUAGAUACGAUAGCAUUCUCACCGCUGGGGAAAGGGCGUCUGUCAACGACAUUAGCGACAAUGUCGCAGCGUCCAUACAGUGGUCUGCGAACAACUUCGACACAGUUCACAGCUGGUUGAGGUUGAACUACGGAAGCAACGCCAGCAUCUUGACGUCGGGAUUCCUUAUCGUCAUUUCCAUCUUUGUCACGUGGUACAACCACUGACACAAGUGAGUUGUUCAUAGUG